UGAACGAUUGAUCAUGUCUAGAAUGAGCCGGCAACACACUGCCCAACACAUCCCGAUUCACACGUCUUCUCGACGUCCAGAUCCUUUCACCAGGGAACUCUUGCUUGAUUUCAAAUUGCAUAAAAUCUGGACCAUAACACUGCCGUAUGAACGUUUACCGGGUUUACCGAAAUCCACUCCGUUGGUGAUGCUUCACGGGUUUGGCGUCGGUUCAGCUUUCUUCUGCAUGAAUCUAGAAAAUGUGGCGAUCGGAAGGACUGUGUACGCGCUCGAUCUUCCGGGCUUUGGUCGGAGCUCGCGUCCCGAGUUUCCAAACGACGCUCUCAAGAUCGAGCAAGUGUUUAUGGGGAUGCUGGACCAGUGGCGACAAGCCAUGCACCUGGAUUCCUUCAUUCUGUUGGGACACGGAUUUGGAGGCUUUAUCGCGGCUUCGUAUGCAGCGUCCUUUCCGGAACGCGUGGAACACUUGAUCUUGGCCGACCCUUGGGGACUCGAGGCCCACCCUGAGGGCAUCAACUGGAACAAGCCCAUUCCGACGUGGAUCAAGAACCAUUACGACUGGGAAUGGGCCCACGCUGGCGGUUUCCUCAGGGCGUGUGGCCCACUUGGACCUCUGGCUGUCCGCGGGUUCUCGCACUACAUUUGCAAAAGAUUUCUAGGGGGUGAUUCCUGGGCCGCGGCAGACUACGUUUACCAAUGCAACGCAGUCGACAACAAGUCGACGGAAGACGCCAUCAUGCACCUGAGCAAGAAAAUCCUCUGGGCCCGAAACCCGGCCCUUCUCAAGCUGAAAACCCUGCCUCUGGACUUUUUCGUUUCAUUCAUCUAUGGCGAAGAUUCCUGGCUAGAUCCCAGCCCUGCGGAACAGUUCCAGAAUUGCAGGCUACGAGGAACUGCUGAUCUUCACUUGAUCCCGGGUGUGGGACACGAUUCAUAUGCCGAAGACCCGCCGGCAUUUAAUCAAAUCGUCAACGGAAUUUGUUCCUGGGUGGACUCCAGAAAGAAUGUGGCAACACUGACUCCAAACGCCGCGAUGAUGGUCAACAUGAACCGACCCGGACCUUCGAGGAUAUGA